AAUGAGUAAGUGUUUGGGGUUGAAGGAGCGGAGUGGGAGGGUUGUGUUGGAUGAAUGAGUGGUGAGUGACUGAAUGAGCGUGACAUAGAGAGAUUCCGUACCUGGCGCAGCGUCUUCACCUGGAGAUGUCAAGCCCUGAUCUGCCCGUCGAGGUGAUAACUCGGAUCAUGAGUCUUCUGUCAGUGGCGGAGAGGCGAGAGGCAUCGCUGGUUAACAAGGCUUGGUACCAGUCCUCCUUGGACCACACGCUACAGAAGGAUGUGGUGUACAACCUGGCGGUGGGGUGCGGUGGCGAGCUGGGCUGGGCCGACGCGUGGAGCGCGAGCGGCAUGCCGUCGCGCGCCAGCGUAAGCGCGGUGCUCACCUGCACGGACGGAUCGCACGCGGCCCGCCAGGCACUCGAGCUCGCCGCCCGUCGCCUGGGCCCUUCGCUGGAGCAGCUGGCGCUGCGUGGAGCGGCGCUGCAGGAGGCGAUCUUGCCGGCCGUGCUGCAGCACUGCCCGCGGCUGCUUUCCCUCGACCUCACGGGCUGCGAUGGCCUCUUCAUGCCGGGCAUGCUGUUGGGCCGCCCCGAGGAGUGCGAGCUCGCCCGGCCGGGUCUACGGAACCUGCAGCGGCUGUCGCUCGCCGGGCUCCGCUACCUCUCGGACAGCACGUUCAACCGCCUGGUGUCGCUCACGCCGCACCUGAGCCACCUGUCGCUCGCCGGGUGCCACAUGACCUUCGAUUUCUACCCCUACAGCAGCCACAAUGGAAGGAAGGACGCUGAUCCAAGUGGCAGGCCGCAAGACUCUACUGCCAUGCUGUUGCUGCGGAACCUGCUGUCGUUCCUGCAGCAGCACGCAGACACCCUCACCGGCCUGGACCUGAGUGGCCUGGGGCUGACGAUGCAGACUGCUUGCGCCAUCGUCAGCGUCCCUGGGCUGCACCUCACCUCCUUCCUCCUGCGUGACUGCAAGGAUCUCUCGGACGCCGCGGUGCAGGCCAUUGUAACUGCGCAGCCGUUCCUCGAGGUGCUGGACGUGAGCGGGUGCACGCUGCUCACGGAUAAAGCGGCCCUGGCCGUCUCGCUGGGCCUUCCUGGCCUCCGUCGUCUCGGGAUGGGCCACCUACGCCACCUGACAGACGCGGGCCUCUCCGGCCUGGCCUGCCUGCCUCGCCUCACAGCCCUCUCCGUGCCGGAGUGCCACCAGCUGACGGGCAAGGACCUGUGGGACAAAGGCAGCUGCAAUCGGGACGGAGCGAGCGUGAUGGCGGGGGAAAGGCCUCAGCUAAGGGCAGAGGCUGAAGGAGGCCAAGGAACGGCGCUCGCGCCACUGCAGGAGCUGAGCCUGCGCUACUGCAAUAUCGCAGCCUCGAGCGUGGUGUCACUGGCGGUUGCGCUGGGUGCGUCUCUGCGGGAGCUGGACCUCUCGUCGUGCGUGGCCGUCACGGACGCCAGCGUGCGCGCCAUCAGCACGAGCCUGGCCACCCUGCGGGUGCUGCGUCUUGCCUGGUGCCGUGAGCUCACCGACUGGGGCCUGCUGGGCAUAGAGAGGCCCUGCUUACAGCCGUUGUUGCCCAGCAGCCACACGAGUUCGUCCGGGCCCAAGUUCAGCCGCUCGUUUGGCAACAUCGGCUUCUUCUCCCCGCCGCCCGUGUGGCCGGUAGGGUUGGCGCCGCCGUCGCCAGCGGAGGUGGAGGCGGGCGAGGUAGGGCCCCGGCUGAGCGCCCUCACCCAGCUCGCCGAACUCGACCUCGCCAACUGCUUCCGGGUCACGGACGCCAGCCUCACGCAGGUGCUGCGGUUCCCGGAGCUGCGCUGUCUGCACGUGUCCCACCUGUGCGAGCUGUCCGACGCGGCGCUGCUCGCGCUGAGCCGCGGCUGCCCCUCCCUGGAGCGCCUGUCGCUCGCCGGCUGCUACCGCCUCAGCGACGGGGGCCUGGCCGCGGCAGCCCCGCUGCUUCGCCGGCUGCGCCACCUCGACCUGUCCCGCUGCGAGCAGGUCUCCGACAGCGUCCUGGACGCCCUGGCCGGGAGCUGCCCAUGGCUUCGCUCGCUGGACGUGUCGCGGUGCGGCCGAAUCACGCUGGAGGCCGUCGAGCGGCUGCAGGCCGCGCUUCCGGAGCUCGGCGACGUGCACAUGCGGAGCGCCAAUGGGCAGGACCUCGCCUACGCCCUCUAAUCGCGGGCGACGGGGAGGGCCGGUGCGGUCUCGGGGUGAGCUGGCUGGGGUGAGCUGGCUGGGUACGGCUCGCUAAUUUCCAGGACCAAGCGGCGCUUCCGUAAUCGACACGCUUCCCCCUCGCUCCCCACGUCCAGUGUCCGUUUGGUGAACACGGGCACACAUUGGAGCCGAGCAUUGUUUGAAACAGUGAUCGUCGUCAUUACUUUGUGCGCAGCAUACCUUAGGAGUAUGACUCAAUGACGACCGUGGGCACAGACCCUCGCCCCCUCGCCCCGGUGAGUAAACGAGGCUUAGCUUUGUACAACUCAUCUGAUAAAUGAGCCUGGAGCAGAUGACGAGGAGGGUCUGCUGUGGUUUAUUAGCGCGAUUUUAUCUACCCCUUGUGAAUAAAUAACUGGAAUGAGCUUGAAGGAAGACGCAAAGAAAAGUUUAAUUUAUUAUUUUGUAGAUGCACCGCACCGAGGCCGUGUCACGAGUUUAAAGCUUCACUCGUGAGAAGAAGGAACUGGAUGUCAUGGGCAUGUGACACGGCAUACUAUGGUGACGCUACAGCUGCAUCAUGACGCACAGCGGGAAGGUUCAAGGAGCCAGUUGGGUGAGGGCCCCAAGGUGACCUGAAAGGAUUUUACACAAGAACUUGUAAAGUGCUGCUUGUCACUGAUAAACGUAGUUUAAUUAAUAAAAAAAAUCACACAAUGUUUAUUGAUAAAGUGCUGCUUGCCACUGAUAAACGUAGUUUUAAUUAAUAAAAAAAAAAUCACACAA